GUGGCCACCACAGUGAUGCUGGAAAAGAAGCUGCCUCGCUGCCUGUGGCCUCGCUCCGGGAUCUGUGGGCGCAAGUUCGGGCUGGGGGACCGUUGGUUCCUGCGGGUGGAAGACAGACAGGAUCUCAACCGGCAGCGCGUCCGGCGCUACUCGCAGGCCUUCUGCAACCCAGGCUCCGAAGAUGACAUGGAAGGACGGUGGCUGGGCGGCCCCUACCUCUCCCUUCCUGCCCCCUCGGUGUCUCGAAGUACUUCCUGCAGCAGCAUGAACUGGGAGAGGCUGCGGGAAGCGACCCAGAGGAGAGACCGGAGGGGGAUGGUGAACAGGGCCCUGGAGGCCGGGGAGGGCUGGGAGUACCAGCUCUGAGUGCCUCCG